GUUGUUAUCAUUUUUCUUAUUUUUAAGCAAAAUCUUCAAUUUUCAUCGAACCUGUACCAUUGUCCCUUUGCUUAGGCGUGUGAAUGAAUCUUUAAUUGUUGAAUUAAUACUCGUCGUCCACUACCCAAAUAAAAUGAUAAUAUACACAACACAAAUUUGAUUCUCCAAUUUAGGGUUUUAUUAUUGUUUCUCUGUUUCGACUUUCACUGUGGCAGUGAAGUGAUCGCCGCCGUCGCCGCCGCCGCUAACAAUGACAGAAUCAUCUUCUCUGCCGACGGACCAAUUGGCCGCCGCAACCCUCAACGACGACGUUCCGAAAGCCGAAUUCUCUGACCGCGUUCCGAUCCGAUCCAUAAUAUCACGAACGGACCGCGGGUCGGGUCUCGCCGGACGGAAGGCGAGGGUUGGCGGUUGGGUGAAGACGGGAAGAAAAGCUGAUAAGGACGCGUUCGCAUUCUUGGAACUCAAUGACGGAAGCUGCGCCGGCAACCUCCAAGUCAUCGUCGAAGCCUCGCUUGGCGACCUAGGGCAACUCGUCCCGACCGGAACUUGCGUCGUUGUCGACGGCCACCUGAAACUCCCUCCUUCCGGCGCCAAACAGAAGAUCGAGCUUCGCGCCGAUAAGGUUCUCCAUGUCGGUCCCGUCGAUCCUGCUAAGUAUCCUCUUCCGAAAAUGAGACUCACUCUCGAAUUUUUGCGCGAUUUCGUUCACCUUCGUUCUCGAACCAACACGAUAUCUGCGGUUGCUAGAAUUCGUAAUGCUCUUGCUUAUGCUACGCACACGUUUUUCAAUAAGCAUGGGUUUCUGUAUGUGCAUACGCCGAUUAUUACCACGAGUGAUUGUGAGGGUGCGGGUGAAAUGUUUCAAGUGACGACUUUACUGAGUGAAGCGGAGAGAUUGGAGAAGGAGUUGAAGCAGAAUCCUCCUCCAUCGGAGGCUGAUGUGGAAGCUGCUAGGGUUGUUGUUCAGGAGAAAGGGGAAAUUGUGUCACAGUUGAAAUCUGCUAAGGCUAGUAAGCAGGAAAUUGGUGCUGCUGUGGACGAGCUUAAGAAGUCGAAGGAAAAUUUCUCUAAGGUUGAGGAGAGGUCUAACCUUAAGCCUGGUGUUCCUGAAAAGGAUGGAAAGGUAGAUUAUGGGAAGGAUUUCUUUGCCCGUCAAGCGUUUUUGACUGUUUCAGGUCAGCUUCAAGUUGAGUCUUAUGCUUGUGCUCUUAGUAGUGUGUAUACGUUUGGACCGACAUUUCGUGCGGAAAAUUCUCACACUUCCAGGCAUUUGGCUGAGUUUUGGAUGGUGGAGCCUGAAAUUGCUUUUGCGGAUUUGAUGGAUGAUAUGAACUGUGCCGAGGCAUAUGUAAAAUUUUUGUGUCAGUGGUUACUUGAUAACUGCCUUGAAGAUAUGGAGUUUAUGGCUGACAAGUUUGAUAAAGGUUGCAUUGAUCGUUUGAAAAUGGUUGCUUCCACCCCCUUUGUUCGGGUUUCAUAUACAGAGGCAGUGGAAAUACUAGAGGAGGCUGUGAAGAAUGGUAAGAAAUUUGAGAAUGAAGUGAAAUGGGGAAUCGACUUGGCAUCUGAGCAUGAAAGAUACCUAACAGAGGUGAAGUUUCAGAAGCCUGUCAUUGUCUACAACUAUCCAAAGGAAAUCAAAGCAUUCUACAUGCGGCUCAAUGAUGACUUAAAGACAGUGGCUGCAAUGGAUGUACUCGUCCCAAAGGUUGGAGAGUUAAUUGGUGGAAGCCAAAGGGAAGAGCGUUAUGAUGUCAUUCAGACAAGAAUAAAGGAGAUGGAUCUUCCUCUUGAGCCAUAUGAGUGGUACCUUGACCUGAGGCGGUAUGGAACGGUGAAACAUUCUGGAUUUGGACUUGGGUUUGAACGGAUGAUUCUUUUUGCCACCGGCUUGGAAAAUAUCAGAGAUGUGAUUCCCUUCCCACGAUAUCCUGGCAGAGCAGAUCUCUGAGUUCUAUUUACUGAUUUUGCAAGAAAGUUCUCUUGCCGAAGUUGAGUUAAAAAGGAAGUGUAGUUUUUAAAUAUAUAGCAUUUAAAUUAUUCUUGUGGUGGUUAGAAUCCAGAGUGAGUAGCUCCACUUUUUCCCUAACUAUUUUCUUUUGAAAGGAUCCUGGGUUUUAUAUGUUAAAUUAUUUUUUUUAUCUCCACUCUUAUGUUGAUUUCGUUCAUUUUUAGAGGAUUGAAACAUAUACGCAAUUCAGUUUGGAUUUGUCAUAUGUUAAAUUAUUUUUUUAUCUC